AUGGCUGAGUUCACCAGUGUUGGAGAAAAUACAGUAUCGAUGGUGUUUGAAAACCGAUGCCAGUGCUGUUAUUAUACUGCAUCUGCUUUAUUUGCACUUGACUGUCUGUUUUGCCGUGUUUCUCCUCUCCUUCUUUCAAUCGAAUUUCUCACCAUCACGGAAUGCCCACUGUUUGGAGUGGGAAUUGCAGAAAAUCUCGAUACUUCGACAACCAAAUAG